AUAAGAAAUUCUUCGCAUGCUUUACACUACGUAUUAUGACGUAAUAAGGUGAUCUUGCGGCUAAAUAAGGAUUGUUUUCGAACAAUGGGAAGAUAUAUAAAUCGCGACAUCUUUUACAAUCCUCAGUGACAAUAGUUAGCCAUUGUUAGAUUGUGGAAAUAAUGAAGUUUGUUCUUAUAUUGUUGUUCGGGCAUUUCGCGGUUGGCGUCGAUCGCUGUCCUCGCGAUUCACACUUCCGGUCGGGGAAGUCCUGCUAUUAUUACGUCAGCGAUCGUAUGUUACGUCAUAAUGAAGCACGAAACCAUUGUUCCCGCAAACUUGGAGGUCGAUUGGCGAUUCUGGAUACUAGAACAAAGAUGAACGACGCGAUCCGAUUCUUUUAUCGCGUGUUCGAAGCCGAGGACGCUGAAGGGGGAGUCCCUACUGCUUGGGUGGAUGGUUACGUCAUAAAAGGCACUCGUGACGUCAUACAUACGAACGGUGUGACGCAGCGAAACGCGCGAUGGAUCCCUGCGUCACGUGAUUCGAAAACAGGAGCUCACUUCCGGUGGCCGAAUUACGAUUUAUUUGGUUGGGAAGCGAAGUGUAUUGUGACGUCACUGUGGGAGCGACGAUCGCACGAACACGGGGAAUCGGCUGGUUUGUACAAUGUACCGUGUGAUUCUAUAUAUUGGACACACCCCUUGUGUGAAGUGCUUUUGUAAAUGUUUGUUUGUUUAAUAUUGUUUGCAAACAUUUAUGUUUAUCUUUGUUUCAACAGCCAAACUUUUGGUUGGUGCUCCUUUCAAUCAUAUCGUGUUUUAUCGACUGGCAUUGUGCUGUUGAUUACCUUUUUUCGUUUUUUAAAUAAUAUGAUAUUCGUUUUCGAAGUGAUAAAUAAAAAUUUGAUGUUAUGAUGUCAAAAUA